AUGGCCGCUCUGCCUCCCCUUCCGCGGGUGCCCUCCGCGCCACCUCGGCGCCAGAAGGUCGAGGCUCAGCCGCCGCGAUCCAGGAGCUAUGAUGUCAAGCCCACGGCCAGUGGCACCAAUCGUGCACCAGCGCCAGGUGCCCGCCCCAGCCGUACGCCGCGGGAAGCAACGCCGAAGUUGCAUCCGCACCCGGCCUUCCGAGCCUCCCAGGGCGAGGAAAGGGCCCGGGCCUUGGCUCCAGCACCCGAGGCUGGACCGAUUCUGCAGUUGGAGAUCCUCGGCGUCACUGCGCAGGAUGCCAUGAGCCUGUACAACAUACAGCUCUCUGGCUGCCACCAGCCAGGCUUAGCAUGGGGCGAGCCGGAAAAGACAAGCUCCCGAUCAAGCCGUGGCGACGCCAUGUUUUAG